CAUUUCUUACGCACAACUGUGAUAGUAAACUGUCUAGACUUGAUAACAAAUACACUUAAACAGGAGAGUAAAACAGAUAGCAAUCUUUAAAUACUUUAUUUAAGAUUGUAACAUGAUCUGUGAACUAUUGGGAGAUUAUUAACAGUGAAAAUACUGGAUUAUAGGUGUAAGUUGCGAAAUACUGGGAAUAUAUUGAAAAGAAUUGGCGAAACGGACUAGUUUUACUGAUAAAUAAAAUCUAACCUUCCUGAAUGGACAGUUAAUAAAACUAUGCAACAAAUGUUGACGUCAAAAGAUCACAAAGACGCUCGCACAUAUCCGUCAGCGUUCCAGCCCGUCGGCGUCCUGGCAAAAUCGUCGGCGGAUGCUGGGAAAAAGAGAGAUAGUGGGUAUGGCUCAGAUGUUUCUCCGGCAGGUCUCAAAACUCAGUCUCGAAGAUUUACAUUUGAUGAGGAUGACGUGGAUUCGGAGUUAUGUCAAGCGCUGGAUGAAAUAGAUAUAAGCGCUGAUGAAGAUGUGUUUGUCGAUCAUUUUGAACCUCUGAUUCAAGUGAUAAACGAAUGUGAUGAAAGUGAUGAAACAGACAAAGAAGUUGAGGAAUUGUUUGAUGAAUAUCAUUCGGAAAAUACAGUGUCGGAAAAUGUACAAAUACGUCGGCCACCGGCGCCGUUACCGACACCGGAUGUAAAUAACGGAAGUGAUAUCACACAUUCUGCCGACGGCUCCAGGGAUCUUUGUUUGAUAGCCUCACCUUUCUAUCAUACAAAUUGGAAUACAAAUGACAGACAUAUAUGCAAAAAUCCAUUCCGUCCUAUUGUAAGCCGCAGUGUGGGGACUCAGACCCCAAACCCACAUUGCCAACUCGUCCAGGAUGCUCUGCGCUCAAAAAAGGUCACACUGAGAAGGGGUCGUCUGCGUCUGCAAUCAGACAGUGAACAAGUCUUCUAUCCUUUACCGGAUGUAGUGCCAAUAUCACGUGAUCGUUCCAUCUCCCUACCGGAUGUGCCGUCAUUCCACGAGCAUGAGCAGCACGUAGGCCGGGAGCUCAGAAGAAUUAGUGAUGACUUUCAUUCCGUCUACCUCCGACGACAUAGAAGGCAAAGGACAAGGUCGGAAGAGCCUUCAACGUCGUCCAGAUUUUCUGUCGAUCUUCCAGGCUACUGGAACAGUCUGCGCAGGUUCGUGUCUAGUAGUCCAAUCUUCCAGGCAUGGUCCAGAGAGAACCACUGACCAGUGGUCCAAUCUUCCAGGCAUGGUCCAGAGAGAACCACUGACCAGUGGUCCAAUCUUUAGGGACUUAAACCAUGCUCCAUAUUAAUCAUCAGGGGUCCUAAAUAACGCCCUAACCAAGUCUUUUAGGUCAUUUCAAGAGGUGGGGUUGAGACUUGGUCUGGGAAACAUGACACCGUCCUGUGCAUUGAAAGAAAGAAACGUUCGGGUGCAUGAAUGUGUCAUUGGUCGCUCUAAUCAGCUGACUAGAGAAAACACUGGUAUGGAAGAUUCAGGGAACACAUAGGAAAGUGCAACCAAAGCCUCUUGUGACUUUGAGUCUGGAAAAAUGUUCAGACUUGGCUCAGACUUGUUUACGGAGAACUCAUGGAAAUAUUGUCGGACUUUUACCAGAGUUAAACAGGCGAACAGUUUUCGUACUGGUGUUUAUUAGAAUUGGCCAAACUUUUGGACAGUAUCAUUAACUAGUGUUUUGAAUAUAUAUAUCUUUGUUUCUGUAGUAACAGUCUAAAUUGCAAAUUGGAGGCUCAGCAGACAUGAAAACUGCGACUUAAGUUGUGCAAUUAAUACUGAAAAAUAUACUGUGCUUAUUUCAUCAGUCACUUAAAUAAAUGUAAUAUCUACUGCGGAAAACAAUUGUACAACACAUUUUAUAGAUGUAUACUCUAUUAUUUUCUUACACCUGUUACAUCAGUCUGUUCACAUGUCCUAGUCAUGACACGAGCAUAACGCCUCACAUUUUACGUUUUACAAGGUGACUGUUCGCAAUUUUCAAAUUAUUUCUUUUUUUUUUCUUUUUGUAAAUAUGUGUUAGGAACUAUUGUUCACAAAUGUAGAGGUUUUCAAAUGAUCUCAGCGGCUGUUGAUUCCUUUUUUAGAAUGUAAAAGGAAAAGGAUGUAUAAUAUUGUUUGUAUAAAAAGGCGAUAUAUUAGUAUUGUAUUUUAAUUUAUUAUUCCCUUAUUUUCCACUAACUGUCUCGCGUACAAACUUUGAAUUUUUAAAACGUCAUGAACUCGCUUAAUUAAUGGGGAUUAUAUAAGCACAUUAUGUUAUUUUAUUUCUAGCAUGCUUUUCGUACAUAUUUGUUUCCCAAAUUUCGUAUUUUAUUUUAUUAUAUUUCCAACUUUAAUUCAGUGCAAUUCCAGAUUUUAUUGCUUCCACGUUUUUUUGCCAUUUUUUGAUGGUUAUUACACUUAUUUGUGUAAAUACAUUUACCAAACGACGUCUGCUUUGACUAAUGCUCAAGUUUGCUUAAGAAUAUAAGAAUUUUUAAUUGGUUGAAGGUACGGAUGGAAAUAUCUGGCUCGAGGAUAACUGUAGAGGCGAUAACGAGGCUCUGCCGAUUUACAGCAGAACAGUUACCCAAGAGCCAGAUAUUUCCAUCCGCACCUUCAACUAGUGAUAGAUUCUUUUUCUUACCGUAUUCUUCAGUUAAUAGAAGAAAUAAACUAAAACGAAUGCUUUUCUUUUAAGCCUUUUUUUAGUAGCAUAUGAAUUUAUGCAUUCAUUCAUAAAUUAAAGCAUGUGAUUUAUCUUACACCCCGGUGUGUAUGACCAAUUUUUCUAGCAUCGGCAAAAGCACGAGAAUAUCCGGUUUGGCUUGCAAGAAAGCGCUGCCCUUUUCAGUACUUUAAAAUAUGAGCCGUGCCAUGAGAAAACCAACAUAGUGGGUUUGCGACCAGCAUGGAUCCAGACCAGCCUGCGCAUCCGCGCAGUCUGGUCAGGAUCCAUGCUGUUCGCUAACGGUUUCUCUAAUUGCAAUAGACUUUGAAAGAAUGCGCAGGCUGGUCUGGAUCCUUGCUGGUCGCAAAGCCACUAUGUUGGUUUUCUCAUGGCGCGGCAUUAUAUUGAAAGAUUUCAGUUUGAUUUGGGUUUUUUUUUUCUCAAGAAAUAUUUUAGUGUUGAAAAAAAAACAACAACAGAAUUUCAAGAGAUUAUCUUUUACAUGUUUAUAUUGCAGCUGUUCCAAGUCCUGGCCAGUGCGGUCGGUCUGUAACUUCUAAAACUAAUGUUUUUUGUAUCGGCAUUAUUUGGUGCAGUUUUUAGUUUAAUUCAUCAUCUUUUACAUGCAAAAUGUUAAAUAUGUAUACAUUUAUAUACUGCUAAUGCUUUCCGUUACCUUUGUAAAAAAAAAUAUGGGUCUUUGUCUUUUCCAAAUAUAGAUGUUAGUUUAUUAUGGUGUAUUUGGUUUAUCCAUUUGUCAUUUCUGCUAAUAUCAGAUCAUGUACAAACAAAGAUAUCUGGUAAAGCAUAAUAACUGAGCCGCAUCAUGACAAAACCAACAUAGUGCAUAUGCAAUCAGCAUGGAUCCAGACUUCUCUAAUUGCAAUAGGGUUUGAAAGCGGAUGCACAGGCUGUUCUGGAUGCAUGCUGGUCGCAAAUGCACUGUGUUGGUUUUCUCAUGGCGCGGCAGAAAUAAACGUCAUAAAAAGCGCGGGAAAUUCGGGUUUCUCGGUUACAUUAUGAAAAAACAUUCAUAUUUAAAAAUGAAAAACAAAAAUUUGAUCAUCCUAUGCUCUAACAACAUCUCUAGAGUGCAAAAGCAUGUUUGUUCUUUCUUUCUGUAUAAACGUACACUGUAUUGAUAAAUUAACCUGACCAGAUCAACAACUUCUGUACCACCAAAAAAAAUCUUUCUUAUCUAAGAAAACAAAUGAAUAUAAAGGGCUUAGAAAUUUACCAGACAGCUUUGCCAGUGCAAGAUCAUACUUUCAUGAAAUUUUCGUGUAUCAUGUAUGUUAUAAAAAUGAAUUUGAAAAAUGUGAAAGUUGUUAUAUCAGCAGUAUUUGCGUCAAUGAACAAUCAAGGAAAACUGCGAUUGUCUAUCCAUGAUGAUAAAUCUCUGGGAAUUAUUGUCAUUUAUUGUAGAUGGUUGAAAAAUAAAAAAAAACUGAUGAAUUUG